CCUUCUUUCUCUGUCUCCGAUACACCCACUCCCAUUUUCUCUGUUUCGCUCACUCUCUCUCUCUCGCUAUCACAUUCUUCUCUCAACAACACCAAAUGAGUCGCCAUCCUGAAGUACUGUGGGCACAGCGUUCUGACAAGGUUUAUCUGACUGUGGCACUGCCUGAUGCAAAGGAUGUCUCUGUCAAGUGUGAGCCUCAUGGUUUGUUUACUUUCUCUGCUUCUGGUGCUCAAGGUGAAUCUUACAGCUUCACUUUAGAGCUUUAUGGCCCCAUUGCACCUGAGCGUUGCAGAACUAAAGCUGGUUUAAGAAACAUACUAUGCUAUGUUCAGAAAGCAGAGAAAGGUUGGUGGAAGAGGCUACUGAAGUCAGAAGAGAAACCUGCUCCAUACCUGAAGGUUGAUUGGCACAGAUGGUGUGAUGAAGAUGAUGAAGAGUCAACUUCUGAUUUGGCAUCUGACGAUGAUACUCGAUUUGUUGGUCAGGAUGAGGGAAGCAGUGAUGAGGAUGAAGGAAUGUUGUAUCUCCCGGACUUGGAAAAGGCUAGGGGAUAGCAACUCUGACUGUUCUCUAACAUGGAUUUACGGAAACAUCUUGGAGAUGGAGUCUACCUAGAUAAGUAAAUUUGGGAGUAGUAGUCUAAUAUGGUUGUCUUUUUUGUAUAUAUUAUCCUAAGUAAAGCUCUAAAAACUUAGAGAACCUUUGAUCUUUUAUGACAUUUUGGCACCAUUUCUGGUAUCUAACUAGGCUUCUCUCAUGCCCUUGCUGAUUUCACAACAUGCUCCACAUAAUCUAACUUUUCUUCUUCUUUAACAAAAUUCGGUGAAUUAUACCAAAAUCAUAUCAACUUUAGAAAUCUUAAGGCUGGAAUCCUUUACUACACAUCCCAUUCAACUUUGAAACUUAUUAAGAUUUCAUGGUUCCGUUCGGCCUGGCAUGGAUUUGGCCCUUUCCUCUGUACUGACUCCUUCUCUGCCUUGAACCUGUCAACUGGGAAAGAGCAUUGGCGAUAAGGGUGGUGGUAACUACAUGUGGGAUAGCUAACUAAUGUCAACUUUAUUGCCAUGAUCACUCAGUCUCCCAAGGUAACUAGAUAUGGGAUAGGUGAAGCCAUAGACCUUCAGCUCCAAGGUAUGGCCUCUUUGGUAGUGUUGUAUCUACCGGUGGAGGAUGAGUUGUAAGUUAUAAUAUGGUGAUGUUAGAGAGGAUUGCAGGGUGUUGAUUCGGGGUGCACCUACAAUUAAUGGGUGUAUAAGUGCCUUAGUAACAUUUCAACCAUUGAUAUUAGAAUAAUAGUUGAGUAAAG